ACAAUCGAAGUAGCUACAGUGAAAGAAGAAAGGAAGCAAAAAGAAUAUGCAGGCGUGAAAAGAGAAAGUACAUGGACAGCUACCUUGACAAAAUUGAAGACCACUGUUAAUAAGGAAGUCAGAAACCUCUACCAGAAGGUCAAAAGAUCCCGAAAGAAA